GUUGAUUAUGACUGGAAGAAACGGUUCUGGGCGUGCAUGCGCAUGUCAGGUACGAGUCUAUUGUUACAUAGGUCCCAGGCUUGUUGAGCCUCAGAGAGAAUUGGCCAAUGCGGAGACGAUAUCCGGCCUCGUAGAGGGUGGUGGUCUUAUCACAUUCAAGGGUUGCCUAACUCACUCUCCACAACCAACAGGUUUAAACCAAUGCUCACUGGUUGUGCUCAAGUAUCUCUGGAACCGAAAUUACUCGACAUCCACCCGAUAUACCCUGCAUAUCUGGCGUUGCAUUUCGCUUCCAAAUGCCAGCACUUGGUGGCUUCAGGUUGAAGAAACAUGAUGCUUUUACUUAUGGCCAUCUUAACGAUAGCCAUCUGGUUCAAUACUCUGAGAUAUCCAGACCAGUUCUCUCCAUUUGAUAUCCAUUCGAGCUCCGAAAACACCCUCUUCUCCGUCAUCUGCUCGCCGCUAUGGAUAUCAAGAGGGUACCAGUAGCGGCUGUGGCAACAACUUAAAAACGGGGAUAUGAAACUAUUCUCAUUUCUGCAAUGGCAUUAGCCUACGGGACCAGGACCCCUCCGUCGGCGCUCCCCUGGAAAAUUGUCCGUCGACGGAGUCUGAUAGCCCUUGUUUAGUAUGGGUCUCUCUGGCUUGAGCCUCAUAAUCUCGUUUAUCGCUGUGUCCUCUCUUUUUAUCCAGUCACUCGCUCUCAAUCCCUACGCCAAAAGUAAUUUGGCAGUCUACUGGGGGCAAGGAGCUGGGCAGAACCGGCUCAGCUACUUCUGCGAAAAGACCAGCUUUGAUAUCAUUGUUGUGGGUUUCAUCAAUGUGUUCCCCGACCAAGGCCCCGCCGGAUGGCCGGGCAGCAAUUUUGGAAACCAAUGCGCCGAUUCGUAUUACUAUACGAAAAAUGGGACGAAGACCAAGCUUUUGGAUGGCUGUUAUCAGAUUAAGGAAGAUCUUCCCAAGUGCAAGGCGCUGGGGAAGACGAUUCUGCUCUCCCUAGGCGGAGGAGCCGUGCACGAUUUCUACGAGGUCAAGAGCGAAGAGUCCGCUCUUAAUUUUGCGGAUUUCCUUUGGGGCGCAUUCGGCCCAUUGACACCAGACUGGACUGGACCUCGUCCAUUCGGAGAGGCCUCAGUCGAUGGAUUUGACUUCGAUAUCGAAAAGGGUAGUAACUUUGGCUAUUCAAUUAUGGUCCGACGUUUGCGAGAACUUUUCCUCCAGGACCCGCUCAACAGAUACUAUAUCUCUGCAGCCCCCCAGUGCAUAAUGCCAGAUAAGUAUCUCUCACAUGCGAUAUCUAAUUCGGCGUUCGACUUCAUCUUCAUCCAGUUCUACAACAAUCCUUCGUGCUCUGCCAAACGGUGGGUGACUAACCCCAAGUCCGUGACGUACACCGUGGACGAUUGGGUCAAAUACAUCCGCAAAAGCGGAAACCCAUUAGCGAAACUUUUCAUUGGCCUUCCCGCAUCCAAGUCUGCUGCUGCGAAAGAAGACUAUCUUACUCCUGGUGAAGCCACCAAAAUCGUCAGCACGUACAUGGCGAAGUAUCCAAGUACUUUUGGUGGUAUGAUGGUGUGGGAAGCAACUGCAUCGGAGAACAAUAAGCUUGGCGGACUUCCAUACGCCGAUAUAAUGAAGGAAGUGCUGUUGCGAUGCGAUCCGGAUCCCCCUACCAGUACUGUUACAAGUACCAUAUCUGCCUCGACUUCAACCCAGACUUCAUCUCAAAGCACUACUAUGGAAACCAAGACUUUGUCGGCUUCUACGACCCCGAGCAGUCCGAGUACUGUGUCGCCAAGUUCAACAAUGCAGACAACCUCUACUGGUUCAACUUCCACAGGAACAGGCACAACAAGUAGCCAGGUUACAUCGUCAACAACAAUCUCCACAAGGUCAGCUUCCACUGAGACUGUGACAACGAGAAGUCAAGAGCCACCAUCAACCACAAUCUCCACAAGGCCAGCUUCCACUGAGACUGUGACGACAAGAAGUCAAGAGCCACCAUCAAGCACAAUCUCCACAAGGUCGGCCUCCACUGAGACUGUGACGACAAGAAGUCAAGAGCCACCAUCAAGCACAAUCUCCACAAGGUCGGCCUCCACUGAAACUAGUACAAGCAGCCAGGAUUCACCAUCCACGACAAUUUCGACGAAGUCUGCGCCCACUGGCACUGUCACAACUAGGAGUCAGGAUUUACCCUCAACGACCAUCUCUACGAGAUCUCCUGAGACUGAAACUGAGACUGUAACAACAAAAAGUCAGGAUUCACCGUCAAUUACUCUCUCUACAAGGUCUUCCUCCGCUGAGACUGUAUCAACAAGAAGUCAGCAUUCAUCGUCUACAACGAUUUCAACGAAGUCUGCACCAACUGAGACUGGUACGACAAGUGAACAUUCAACGUCAAUGCCUGUCUCUACGAGAUCGGCUUCCACCGAGACUGUAAUAACGAGAAGUCAGAAUUCAGAUUCUCAAUCAAUGACAGUCUCUACAAGAUCGCCUUCCACCGAAAGUAUCACAACAAGAAGUCAAGGUUCGCCAUCAGAGACAUUUUCAACCAAGUCUGUUCCAGUAGAUACCAUCUCAACUGAAUUGCCUUCUCAAACGCAUUCCACUACUGACUCUACGCCGGUGUCAUCUUCACCUACUAUCCCAUCUGGAUCAACAACGAUUAUACCGGGAACAGCUUCUGAUCCUGUAUCAGCCCCGACCACCACGGUUCCUCCCAAUCCUACCCUGACGCUCGCCCCAUCUUCCUCCACAACAGAAGACCGCACCACAAUCACUACUAUAAUCACCACAUCCUACGUCACUGUCUGUCCCACUGGCUUUACCACUGUCACAAUAACAUACACCACCACCUACUGCCCGGAGACCGCUUCGCUCACGCCAACUCAGGCCCCUAUUCCGGGAGCUCCAGCCCCUCCACCGGAUGGCUGGACAACAAUUGUGACCGUGUGCCCACAGUGCGCGCCAACGCCAACUACCGUCACACUCACGGUCCCCACAAGAUCUGCCUUCCUUCCCGCACCCACGGAGACUCGCCCUGUUGUGACUGUGGUCCCAGUGCCGGAGAAUCCAAUUAAGAACGUGAAGCCUAGUGAGUCCGGAGAUUUUGUGACUGUUACUACAGUGGCACCGGCAACGGUUACAAAGACGUUGGAAUACAACAACCCGGUGGAUUCCGAUGUGAAUGUCCAACCCACGGGUGGUAGUUCCCCCGUCGAGUUUGAAGGCGGUGCGAUGACUGUGAGAAGUAUGGAUGUGGUCGCGAAAGCCCUGAUUACCGCUGGAGCGGCUGUGUUGGGAUUGUUCUUGGGGUUAUAAUCUGUUAAUUUGCUGAGGCGAUAUAUACACAUUUUCUUCGGAGGGGUGUGUACAUAAUGUCACGGGUGCUGUACUUGUACAUACUUGACACUUACCUACAUAUACAGUAUAUAUAUACUUCAUAUCCCUCAAGAU